GUCCAAUUUGGGCUAUAGUCUUCACAAAGCUGCACUGUGUGGUGAGUCGAAAUCGACGUCUAUCUCUUCCUUUCUCGGUAUUACUUGCGAAUUUUAUUUAGUGGUUUUGAUUGAUAGCUAUAUUUUCUUGGUAAAGGGUUUAUCGUUUUGAUAAUUUUCAUAUACUAAAACUACUCUUUAUCUACUUGAUUUACACAUUAGCACUCUUCGGGAAAAGAAACAAAAAAUAAAUUUGUAUUAACCACUCUUCAAAUUCUUCCGCUGGGUUUGUGUUCUGCUCAGAGAGCUUCAUAUUCACACGCCUGAGAAUAAAUGGCAGAUUCUCAGAUAUCUCUCAUUGAUCCCAGAAGCGGUUUCUGCAAAUCAAACUCUACAUUCUAUAGCAAGCGCCAAUCAUUGAGUCUCCCGCCAAAUCUGUCGCUUGACGUCACUACAUUCAUCUCUUCUCAACCGCACCGCGGCACAACCGCCUUCAUCGACGCCGCCACGGGCCAACGUUUAAGCUUCUCCGAUCUCUGGAGAGCUGUUGAUAAUGUCGCUGACUGUCUUUAUCAUGACGUCGGAAUACGGAGAGGCGACGUCGUCCUCAUCCUCUCUCCAAACUCAAUCUACAUUCCCGUCGUUUGCCUCUCCGUCAUGUCUCUCGGCGCCGUCGUCACUACCGCCAACACUCUCAACACCGCCGGUGAGAUCUCUAAACAAAUCGCCGACAGUAAUCCAACUCUCGUCUUCACCACUCGCCAGCUGGCACCCAAACUCUCCGCCGCUAUCUCCGUCGUCCUCACCGACAACGAAGACGAGGAGCCUGUGGAGUUCACUCGCGUGGUCAGAGUCGUUGGGGUUUUGAGCGACAUGGUGAAGAAAGAACCGAGUGGGAAACUAGUCAGAGACCGAGUCAACCAGGACGACACGGCGAUGAUGCUUUACUCGUCGGGAACCACAGGACCGAGCAAAGGUGUGAUCUCGUCUCACCGGAAUUUAACAACUCACGUGGCGAGAUUCAUAUCGGAUAAUUUGAAACGAGACGAUAUUUUCAUAUGUACCGUCCCGAUGUUCCACUCCUACGGGUUAUUGGCCUUCGCUAUGGGCACCGUAGCAUUGGGUUCGACGGUGGUGAUCCUCCGGAGAUUCCAGCUCCACGAUAUGAUGGAUGCGGUGGAGAAGCAUCAAGCCACGGCUCUGGCUUUGGCGCCACCGGUUUUAGUAGCUAUGAUUAACGACGCAGAUCUGAUCAAGGCUAAGUACGAUUUGAGCUCACUAACAACGGUGAGGUGUGGUGGAGCACCGUUGAGCAAGGAGGUGACUGAAGGGUUUCUAGAGAAAUAUCCGACGGUUGAUAUACUCCAGGGGUAUGCUUUGACCGAAUCGAAUGGCGGAGGGGCUUUUACGAAUUCAGUGGAGGAGAGCCGGAGAUAUGGCACGGCGGGGAUGUUGACGUCUGAUGUGGAGGCGAGGAUCGUGGAUCCGAAUACGGGUCGGGUCUUGGGAAUUAACCAAACGGGUGAGCUCUGGCUCAAGGGUCCUUCAAUUUCUAAAGGUUAUUUCAAAAACCAAGAAGCUACGACGAUUAAUUUAGAAGGAUGGCUAAAAACAGGAGAUCUUUGCUACUUCGAUGAGGAUGGGUUUCUUUUUGUUGUUGAUCGAUUGAAAGAACUGAUCAAAUACAAAGGCUAUCAGGUACCUCCAGCUGAACUAGAAGCUCUUCUAAUUACUCAUCCAGACAUUCUCGAUGCCGCCGUUAUUCCGUUUCCGGAUAAAGAAGCAGGACAGUAUCCGAUGGCAUACGUGGUACGAAAACAUGAGAGCAAUCUCACUGAGAAACACGUUAUUGACUUCAUCUCUAAGCAGGUAGCACCAUAUAAAAAAAUAAGAAAGGUCGCAUUUAUAAAUUCCAUACCAAAGACUGCAUCUGGGAAGACGCUUCGCAAGGAUCUAAUCAAACUGGCUACUUGUAAACUAUGAAAGGAUCUUAUUAUACUGAAAUGUUCUUUCAAUAAGAGAGAAAUUGUAAUAUAUCUAUAAUGCUGAAUAAUUUAAAUUUAAAGAGACUCGUAUGAAAUAUGUUUGAGACAAUUUUCUGAUAA